UCCCCCUUAUUUUUCACUCUUGGUUCCACCCUCCCGCUCCUGCUACAUUGUUAGACGUUGCUGUGUUCGACGGGGAAUGUCGGGCGGGUGUUGCAGAAAGAGCGUUCCAUACCAUACAGACCCACUGCCCGGGCCGGGUGAUGAGUGAGUCUCUGCUGGUGAGAGAAAUGGUUAGUCCUGAGAAGACCUCUGACUUAUAUAAGUGAUCCUGCUGGGGAAAAUGAAAAGUUCAUUCAUAGAAGACAAAGCAUCUCCAUUAGUACAGGGAAAUUAAGACUUUAGAGUCGGUCAUUGUGAAAUCACUGUUGUGUCUGUCAACGCAGCAGUGCCCCGGCUGCCGACACACAGGAUCACACAGUAGUAUGGAAGACAUCUGGUGAGAGUAAGACGCCCAGCGUCCACCCCAGUGUGUCAGGAGGACUGAGCAGGACCCAGAGCCCCAUCACGGUGCCUCCACCUCACUCACUGAUACAUGAGAGGCACAAUGACCAGAAGAUCCUGGAACUCACCAACAAGAUCAUUCAGCUGCUGAGAAUGGCACAUUAAUUUUUGUCCAUGUUUGGGAGUAUUUAGAAGGACACAAGGAUCUCUACAAGGAUAUGAUUAUGGAUAGUCACUAAUCCCACAUAUCACUGGAUUUCCCCAAAAAUUCUGCAACUCUUCAUACAACAGCUUAUAUGGAGGAGGAAUCGGUCUCAUGUGGUGAAGGCAGUUGCACAGACAAUGACCUUUAUACCCCGAAAGAUCGUUCAUUGUAUACAGCUACUCAUAUUAAGGAAGUAUCGGCCUCAUGUGAAGAAGGAAGUCUGAACAAUACUGACAUUUAUUCUCCAACAGAUAAUACACAUCAUAUAGCUGUUAUAAUAAAGGAGGAAUCAGACUCAUGUGAUGGAGACCUCACAGACACUGAUGCCUAUACACCCACAUGUCAUACACCGUAUACACCUACUGAUAUUAAGGCGGGAUCGGUCUUAUGUGAUGGAGAAGACCUCACAGACACUGACAUUUAUACACCCAUAGGUCAUACACAGUGUACAUCUAUUUAUAUUAAGGAGGAACCAGUCUCAUAUGAUGAAGGAGACCCGUCAGACGCUGAUGUCCUAACCACAUCAGAUCAUACACCAUAUACAUCUACUCAUAAUAAGGAGGAACCAGUCUUAUGGGAUGAAAUAAAGCUCACACACACUGAUAUUUAUCCUUCCGCAGAUCAGACACCUUAUAUAUCUGCACAUAUUAAGGAGGAAUCUACCUCAGUUGACUCCACGGGAAACAUAUCUGAGUAUGGGAGAUAUAUAUCUGAAGAAACUCAGCCAGCUGUUCACCAUCCGACCACGGCAGGAGAUAAACCAUAUUGUUGCUCUGAGUGUGGGAAAGGUUUUAUCAAUAACUCGCAUCUUGUCAUACAUCAGCGAAUUCACACGGGGGAGAAGCCCUACUCCUGUGCCGACUGCGGGAAAUGUUUUUGCAGUAACUCCAGUCUUAUUAGACACCAGAGAACUCACACGGGGGAGAAACCUUUCUCCUGCUCAGAGUGCGAGAAGUGCUUUAUGAGAAAAUCGCAUCUUGCCCAGCAUCAGGAAACCCACACCGGCGACAAGCCGCACUGUUGCCUCGAGUGUGGUAAAUGCUUCGCCCACAACGCCCAUCUUGUUAAACAUCGGAAGAACCAUACAGCGGAUAAGCCCUAUGUUUGCUCCGACUGCGGGAAAUGUUUUGUCAGGAAGUCGCAUCUUCUUGAACAUCAGAAAAUCCACACAGGAGAAAAACCAUAUUCCUGCACGAGUUGCGGGAAACGUUUCACCAGCAAUGCCCACCUCGUCCAGCAUCGGAGAGUCCACACCGGAGAGAAACCGUACUGUUGCACCAAUUGUGGGAAAUGUUUCAUCAGCAACGCAAAUCUGGUGGUGCACCAGAGAAUUCACACGGGGGAGAGACCUUAUUUCUGCCCGGACUGCAGGAAGUGUUUCGCCAGCAGCUCGCAACUUGUCGAGCAUCAAAGAAUCCACACGGGGGAGAAACCAUACUCUUGCACCGAUUGCGGGAAAUGUUUCGCGUUUCGCUCGAGUUUGGUGAAACAUCAGAGAAGUCACACAGGGGAGAAACCAUACUCUUGCCCUGACUGCGGUAAGUGCUUCAUACAGAACUCUCAUCUGGCCAUACACCAGAAAACCCACACAGGAGAGAAGCCCUACUCGUGCUCGGAGUGUGGCAAGUGUUUCAUCACUAAUGCGAGCCUAGCGAUACAUCAACGAAAUCACACUGGAGAGAAACCCUAUUCCUGCUCUGCCUGCGGGAAGUGUUUCGUCAGCAACUCAAGUCUUGUUAUCCACCACAGAACUCACACAGGGGAGAAGCCCUAUUCUUGCACUGACUGCAGGAAAUGUUUUAUCAGCAACUCGGAAUUAGUCAAACACCAGAAGAUCCACACAGGAAAGAAGCCCUACGGCUGCUCCGAGUGUGGGAAAUGUUUCAUCCGCAACUCUGAUCUGGCCGUGCACAACAGAAGUCACACGGGGGAGAGGCCGUACUCUUGCCCCGAAUGUGGGAAGCGUUUCGCCAACAGCUCCGUCUUCGCUGUGCACCAGAGAAGUCACUCGGGAGAGAAACCCUACCCCUGCACUGACUGCGGGAAAGGCUUCAUCAGGAACUCCGAUCUGGUGGUGCACAGACGGAGGCACACGGGAGAGAAGCCCUAUUCCUGUCUGCAAUGCGGCUGGAGUUUUGUUAGCAAAGGGGCUCUGUCGGCGCACGUUAAAACUCACAAGUAGGAAAACCUUUUAGGUUGUUGGCGGGCACACACCUUGAAGCCAGGUGUUUCAGUCCUUAAAUGUGCAAUAACGAUCGACAUGUAAGUCUGUAUGACUUUACCUGGUUUGGCUUCCUUGUUAAUAUACAUACAGAACCACUUCAGAAAAAUGUCAAGUCGUUGGACUUACUGUAUAUAUUAUGUACAGACCUUGAUUAUCUGUCCUAAUAAGCUUCAUGCCCGUGUUAUAACUUCUGUUUGAUCCUCCUGGUUCUUGCAUUGUAUUGAGUAAAACAGAGUCAGGAAAGGAUCUGUUCCUAUACAGAUGUGAAUCGUUGAAUCGGGUGUCACCGAAUUCCGUAUCGGCUCCUUACCAUCCUCCCUGAGAUUGUUCCUGGUUUCCAUAAGGAAAGGCCGCCAUUGUGUUGCCAUGGUGUUGUGUGUGUUUGUUUAUUCUCGUUCCCAACAGGGUUAAGACUGAAGCAAUAAAUUGUUAUUUUACUGCAA